CCUCGCAUCAUUCGCACUUUUUUUAUCAUUUUGUGCAUUCUAGGAAAGUUUUUUAUAAUUUUUGGCACAUUAAUUUACAAUAUCUUACGUAUGCGUGACCCCAGUUUAGCAAAAGUUUCACCACCCGAGAGGUACAUACGCGUAGCCUAUAAUUUUAUCUGAGUUUGACGUUGAAGAAACUGCGUAAUAGAUUCGCGACCGCGCGAAUCUCAAAACUGAAAAAAGGAAGAGAUUCAAGACAUAUAGAGAGGCGACAAACAAGACAGUAAAAUGCGGCAUUAUCACUCAUCGCUCGAAGGGCUAUAGAACAUAAACCGGGCGAGCCAUAAAGAGGGCCAUAAAACGCCACAAAACCAGGACCCGAGACGACGGCCAAGGAGGGCCUGGGAAUGCCCAGACGCCGUCUGGCAAGAUUAGGACGAGACCUUUUUCCCCGGGGUUUUACCCGGCCUUGCCGCCGUUCUAACCACCGACAUCACUCUCCCGGACCCAGGGACGCGGGGAGGAGGGGACAGAAUCUAGCCGAGGCGGAGACCUUCCCACCACCACGGCCGUCAGCAUCCCUCUCCAGCACCCGGAUCACUUCUUUUCACCAAGCGAACGCACCGGGCCAUUACAUCACACGUGAUGGUCGGGGCAUGUCAACAUCAACAGCAGAAAAAGUAGAGGAUAAGAUCAGUGAAAAAGAAGAAAACGAAAAACCUAUCGAUCCAUCACCUGCACUUUUGAAUUAUCGUUUUGCAUAUCCAGAGUUUCUGCCUGAUCCAAAUCCUUUGCACCGAAAUAAGUUAAGAGAAAAAUUAGAGAGAAAGGAUAUGUUGGCAAGAAGAUCAAACAUAGAAAUUCCAGAAUUUUACGUAGGUUCAAUUUUAGCUGUAACUCACUCAGAUCCACAUGCUCCAGGAAAAACAAAUAGAUUCCUAGGAAUAUGCAUUCAGAGGCUCGGAUGUGGUUUACGAGCAAAUUUCAUUUUGAGAAAUGUUAUUGAUCAUCUGGGUGUUGAAGUUCAUUUUGAUUUGUAUGACCCUACCAUUCAAAAGAUUGAUGUUAUAAGACUAGAGAAAAGAUUGGAUGAGGAGUUAUUUUAUCUUCGUGAUGCACCACCAGAAUACAGUACUUUCCCCCUAGAUAUGGAAGCAGAAUAUCAUCCAGAUGGUGCAGAAGUACCUGUAAAUGAAAUGAAAGUCCCAUUGAAACCAACACCGUGGCUACAGAGGUGGGAAAGAAUGAACAUGAAAGGAAUCAUUGAUUGCUUGCCCCAAGUCAAUGAGAAGAGAAGAAGAAAAGCAGCUUUGAAGAUUCAUCAGAAACCAUGGGAGAAAUAUGAUUUAAUGAAGAUGUACAGAGAAACGAUCCCUAUGGAAGAACAAAGCGAAAUCUUCGCAGAAGUUCAUUCAAAACUCCACGAAUUAGAGUUGCAUCGCCACAAAAUGAAACGCAGCAGAAAUUUUGUAAGACCGAAGAAAUCUGGCUAAAUUACUGUUCUGUAUAUUACUUGUUAUAAUAUUUUUAAAUAUAGUAGAUAAUACAACUUUUAAUCAGUUUAUUUUUUAAAACUACUGUUGAAUAUUAAGGAUAAUAGAAGGUUCAAAUAAAAACAUUAUUAAAUUGCAAAA